CGGCAGGCCUGGAGGCCCCGCCUUUCAGAGCUCAGCCAAGAGUUCCUAGCCCUUUAAACUGUUCAUUCUUAGGAUUUCUCUGGACCUUCCACUGGGACCAGCAAAGGGAUGUGGGAAUUAGGUUAUCAGUUUCUUUGCUUUAUAGACUUUUCUGGAAAGGUUUCUAGCUCUUGCUAUUUGCUAAGUCUUCCCUCUUUAUAAGAGGAUCAGUCUCUCUGUUUCCUACUAGCCUCUUCCCUCCUUCCCUCUCCUGGGAAGAGGCCAGCUGGCCUCUAGCCUUUGUACCAGAUUUUUCCGUAUUUUCUAUUUACCUUUUGAUUUUUUUUUUCAUCCUUAGUGUCAUUCUGCUCCCCACUACCACCAAGCCUGUGUAGCUCAGGCUACCCUCAGCCUCCCAAAUGAUAAGAUUCCCAAAGUGUGUGCCCCUCCCCAUGCCAGGCUGCCCCGCCUGUUUCUUUUUGCUGCUGCUGUUUUUGAGCCAAGUUAUUGCUGUGUAGCCCUGGCUUGCCUCGAACUGUCUAUGUAAUCUGGGCUGGCCUUAAAUUCACUGUGUAACCAAGUAUGACCGAAUUUCUGAUACGCUGCCACACAGCUUUACGAGGUUCUGGCGAUCAGGCCCAGGCUUCAUGCAUGCUGGGCAGCCACACUCCCCAAAGAGCCACGUCUCUUGUUUCCCUUUCCCCUCAUUCUGCUGUAAGCCAGGAGUGAGGGCAUCCACAGUCCCAAGCAUAUUUUACCCAGCUUCCCUCACUCUGGCUCCAGAUCACUUCAGUGUUAAAGAGCCCUCAAGUGAGGUCUCUUUUGCCCUAUGUGUAAGUCACACUGUGCUGAAUCCUGAGAGUUUGCUGUCUGGGCCUAGGUCUCCCAGCCACCAUCCUUCCUAUCCUGUCCUGUCUGAUGUGGACCCUGGCUUGUCUUCUGGCCAGGGCUGGAUGACUAGGCUAAGAAUCUGCCCAGAGUUAGCCUCAAACAUUCCCUGGGCAGAGGCUGAGGUUGGGACUGAAGCCACUGUCCUUAGCAAAGAGCCCAGCACCCUCCUGCACCUGCCCCUCCAGACCAAUGGCAGAAACAAUGGAAACAUCCCUGAUCCUGUAACUUUGUUUGCAUCACCUGACUGUUCUAAAUCUAGACAGAUGUGUGUACUCACACAUGCACACAACACACACAUGCGCUCACACACAAAUACAGGAUGGAACAAUGCAUUUGGUUCAUGAAUUCUGGCCAGGUCCUACAGGCCCUAGCCAAUCUGACUUGGGUCUGUCUGUCAGCCAGUCAUCCAUGGGCAGCCUCUGUGGAUAACAAAGCAGUAGCUGAACCUCUAUGAUUUUCUCCACAUGGGAGUCACAGGUGAGAAUGAUUGAGGACGCUCACUAUAUAGCUCGGUCGUGAAUCCCACCCCCCCAUGCGCACAAACAGAAUAAGCCAUCACAGGGACCAGACACAGGCUCUACUAAAUAGAUUCCUACCCCUAACAAAAUUCUUCCAUAGAUGUGAUGUGCCCCCAACCUAGCAGAGGCUGAAAUAUGCCACUUCCUGGGUUUCAGACUAUAAAAUAUGCUUAAGGAGGGCCAAGAGCAGAGUUGUUGCUAUGACAGCUGAGGUAAGCCAGGCUUUUCCUGGUACUCAGCAGACCAGGCACCUGGCACUGUGUAUAUCUUACUCUUGCUAGUACACACGGAAGGUCCUUAGAUGGCUGCUGCUUCUUCCUGCUUUAUCUUUUACCCAGCACUCCAGGGCUGAGUGACACAGUGUUUGGGGCUGUCUGUGUGACAGCAGAUGUGAUUUCACAAGGACAGAUGUUUGCAAGAUGACUAGGUUCAGGAAGGCAGGAAGAAGAUAGGGAGAGACCCUUCCUGGAUAGCUUCAAAUCAAUCCUGAGGGAGUGAGACUGUUUUCUUGAGAUGAGGUCCUGUUUGCCACUGGAGAGCUGCUGGGACCCUUCUGUCUCCACUCCCCAUCAUCUCACUUGGGGGUCUGGGUUACAGUUGUGUAGCACCGUGUCCAACUUUCUGUACAUCCUGAGGAUCCAGCUCAAGCCUCAAAUGUGCACAAGCACUUUAUUCACAGGGCUCAAAGAUACCCAGCUCAUGAUCACUGCAAGUCAUUUCUCUGCUGUUCCAGAUUACAAAUGGGCCAUGGGCCUCUGCUUGGGCUGCCCUUGGAUUAGCCUGUGAAAAAGACCCAAGUUCCCCUGCUUGUUAGAUGGGUCCCUUACCCUACCAGAGGGAGCCCUUCCCCCAAAUACCCUAACAGGGUCCCAUGGCCUGACCUCUACUCCAGCUUUCUCACAGGGGUUUGUUUGCACAGCACUGGGGAGUCCAUGUCUUCCAAGGCCCACUCCUUGUCAACAGAAUGCCCCGUGUCAUUCACUCCUUGUCCCUUGAUCUGUGCCAGUGAUCCUGAUCCGGGGAAACAAAAUAUCCAAGGGGUGGGGGAGACAAACCUCAUGGCCCACUUGACCCUGAGAAUCCACAUGCAGAGUGGGAUUCAUGGCAGGCGUUGUAAUCCCUGUACUCUAUAAUCCCAGCAAGAUAGAGAGCUACUACCAGCCAGGCAGUGGUGGUGCGUGCCCUUAAUCCCAGCAACAGCAGCACAGGCCUGCCUAGUCUACUAGGAGUUCCAGGACAGCCAGGGCUACAACUAACUAGCCUUGAAGCUCUCCGGCCAGCAUGCCUGGAGCACACAGCACAGCGGCAGAAAGAGACUUUGCCCCAACAAGAUGGAAGGCAAGAACCCACUUCCAAAAGUUGUUCUCUGACCUACACUUGCAGGCAACCUGCAUAACACACAUAAUAAAUAUUUCAAAAGUUGGGCGUGGUAGUGCUCUUGUAAUCCCAGUGCAGGGUAAAUGGAAUCAGACAGACCCCUGGAGCUUCCUGGCCAGCUAGCCUAUUAAGUUCCAAGCCAGUGAGCCUAUCUCAAAAACAAGGGAGAUGGCUCUUGAGGAUUGAAACCAGAGGUCGUCCGUCCUCUGGCCUGCACAACCCUGUGCACUCAUGGUGUGUGUAGCCAUAUGCAGUCUAGCUGGGCAUUGGUGGUGCACGCCUUUAAAUCCAGCAGAGGCAGAGGCAGGCAGAUUUCUGUGAGUUUGAGGCCAGCCUGGUCUACAGAGCGAGUGCCAGGAUAGGCUUCAAAGCUGCAGAGAAACCCUGUCUCAAAACAAAACGAAUACGUAGUCUGAUCUCUGAUCCCACCCAAACCUCUCAGGUGCAAAGGGUCACAAGGCAUCUACCACAGAAUCCCGGCGUCUGUGACACAGGUCAGCAUUUGGACUUGAUGGUGAGGAGCACUUUGAAGGUGUCCCUGAGAGACAGUCUCUUCUUUCACUGGGCACUUGAGUGCAUAGGCAUGUGGUGGGUAUGGUUCGUGACCAGAGACCAAUCUACUAAUGUCUCUAUUCUGGGAUAUCCAUCCCCCCAAGCUCAUUUAGAAACCGCAGUUAGGAUGCCUGCAUACAUAGUGCUCAGCAGCUAUGAUCCCAGAAUUACUCCGGAGCAGCAAAGACAAAAACCAUCUCUGGGUGGGAAGGAGAGGGACGUUGAGAAUCUGCGGGUAGAAGCUGGGCGGGGUGGCUCUUGCCUGGGGAUCUGGUGCUGUCAGGAUGGCCCGCUAGGCCGCUCUUCUAAUCACUAGUCCCAUCAUUACUAACGACAGCAGCUACUGCACCCUGGCUUUCUGGCUUUUGGGAUUGCCCCAGGCUGCCCCUGGCGGCACUCCUCCACCCCCAUAUCCAGUCAGCUGAUUGGCGGAGACGCCCGCACACUCCCCGCCCCUGUGAAAGUUUGGUCCCAACGGCGCGGGACUCCUGCUCUAGCCCGAGUCCCAAACUCAAAUCCCUGCACUCGGGCGGGCGUGCGGGCGUGGGAGGGCUAACUGAAGGGGUGGAGAUUGACCCCAGCUGGGUCAGCCUUCCUUCGAUCUGGGAGUCCCGGUGUCCCCGGCCACGGGAGCGCAGGCACGCUUGUGUUCAGGUUGCUUGCGAGGGCGUGGGGAGAGGCAGGGUAGCUAGAACGGUUGCCAUCUCCCAGGUCGCUGCUCCUCGUCCCAAGACGGCGGUGGCUCGGGCGACCAGACCUAUCCAAACCAGUCCUUCCGAGGCACUCGACUGCCCGUGGCUGGAGAUGAAACCGGCAGGUGCGGGUCCCGCGGUCUCCCCCGGGACCGAGUCCACGGAUGUGUCGCUUGGCCCGCCGUUUCCUUGGCCCUGCCCACCCGAUGUGCGGCUGUGUGGCCACCUGCGGAAGCAGAAGUCUCAGCGCCGCCGCUUCUUCGUCCUGCGUGCUGACCCUCCGCGUCUGGAGUGCUACGAGAACGAGAAGAAGUUCCUCGCCAGCGGCUGCCGCCCACCUCGACCCCGGCGCAGUGUGAGCCUGGAGGGCGCCUGCACUAUCAGCAAGCGCGCGGAUGCCCGCCAGCGCCACCUCAUCGUCGUCUACACCAGCGACAGCAGCCUGGGCGUAGCGGCGGCCAGCGAAGCUGAGCAGCAAGCAUGGUACAGCGCCCUCCUGGAGGUGCGCGCCUCGGCCGCGGCAGCUGCUGCCACCGCUAUGGGUCUCAGUCCCCAAGAGGCCCCUGAGUCUUGGAUCUUCGCCCCGUUCCAGGACGUCUGGCCUGUGACACUGAGGUCCAAGGGGCUGGGGCGUGUACAAGGCCUGAGCAGCGGCAGCUAUCGCCUGUGCCUGGGUUCUGGGGCCCUGAGCCUCCUGCGGAAGCCAGGAAGCAAAGGCUCCAAAGACAGCCGGGCAUCGCCACCACCCGCCCUGCGUCUGUCCUUGCUCAGCGUGCGCCGCUGUGGCCACGCAGACUCCUUCUUCUUCCUGGAACUCGGGCGAUCAGCGCCCACAGGUCCCGGGGAGCUGUGGAUGCAGGCACCUGAUGCAGUGGUGGCCCAAAGCAUUCAUGAGACCGUCCUGGCUGCCAUGAAGAGGCUGGGGAGCAGUGCAACCAGUGGCAAGGCUGAGCUACCAUCUGGAGAUCUUCCAAACAGUGCUUCUGCAGCCCCUGCCCCGACAACAUACGAAACCCCUGCUUCUGUAACGCAACCAAAAAGCCCGGGUGAGAGAGCAAAGCAAGACUGCAAGACCUUGGAAAGGACGGGGCCCACACCCUCCUACAAGGGUCUAGAUCUGGGCGGGGACUAUAUCACCAUGGGCGUCAGGGAUGACUAUGUGCACAUGGGAGGGAAGGCUGGUGACUACAUGUGGAUGGCACCCCCAAGCCUUCCUCCCGCCCCUGCCAGGGUAGAUUCUGGCAAGUCACUUCAGGACUGUGAGGGCACAGAGUACGUGCCCAUGAAUAGAUUUUUACCAGGGUCUUUUUACUACGAGCUCAAGGCCAGGGAGCCUGAACUUGGGCAUCAGGGUGCCCCCUGCAGCAUUAGGGACAGAUGGGGACCCACAGAGGCUCAGCCCCGCUCUUCCCAACUUUCAGAACUAUCUGGGGAUUACAUGUACAUCCCAGACUCUGUAGGAAUGAACAGUGCUAAGCCAGGGGCCCUGGAUAGCUGCCUCAACUAUGUGGACCUGGACCUAGUCCCGCCCUUGGAGGUGCCUGGAGCAGUCUCUGAGGAUAGUCCAAAUAGUUAUGCCAGCAUCAAGUUCUAGAACUUUUGGGGGAGAUGUCAGGGGAGGAGACCCAGGCAUUGGCCAAUGGAGAGAGAAAGAGUUACUAGUGUUCACUUCAGCUCCUGCACAGGGGAGCAAGGGACCCUGAGGUCACCACAUCCCUUGUAAGCGGCUAUGCUGCCCCUUGUCUGCUCUGUCACUCCCAGCUAUGUGUCACCUAAGAAACCCUCAGGAAGAGGUUCUCCCAAGAAAUUAGUUUUUUUUUUAAUUUUAAAGGGUUUUUAAAAAUUUAUUAUGCAUACAGUGUUCUGUCUGCAUAUAUGCCUGCAGGACGGAAGAGGGCACCAGAUCUCAUAACAAGCUGGUAGUGA